GCCCUACUAUCAACACGUUUGCUAAAUGACUGCGAGCUGUCAAACUGUUAAAUGUCAAUAAAUUUUCACACGAAUAAUUUACGUAUAAAGAAUUUUAAUAAGAUUUGACAAUGGCGGCAAUCGAUAAAGUUAAAAUUAUCGUAGUGGGCGACUCAGGAGUCGGCAAAACAUCGCUGACACACUUAAUAUGCCAACAGCAACCUAUCGGCAACCCUGCUUGGACAAUAGGUUGCUCAGUAGAAGUCAAGUUGCACGAGUACAAGGAAGGCACACCAAAUCAAAGAAGAUACUUUGUCGAGCUAUGGGAUGUCGGUGGCAGUCAAAGUCACAAAAAUACAAGAUCUGUAUUUUACAAUCCCACAAACGGCAUAAUAUUAGUCCACGAUUUAACGAAUCGUAAAUCACAGCAGAAUCUGCAGAAAUGGCUGGAGGAGGUUUUAAGUAAAGAUGGGACUUCUCCAAAGUCCAAGUUCGAAGAUUUUGAUCCUGAGAAGUUUGUGGGUUCGACGCAGAUUCCAAUUUUAGUCAUUGGCACGAAAUUUGAUCUGAUCUCGGACUCUAAUUUCGUAAAAUCCAACAUACACAGACGUUCCGCAACCAUCGCGGAAGAAUGUGGUGCCGACGAAAUUUUUUUGGAUUGCCAUCAAAUAAGAUCUUUGGCAGCGGGCUCUAGUUCGUCCGUGAAGCUUAGUAGAUUCUUCGAUAAAGUUAUCGAAAGACGUUACUAUUCCUCCAAAGAAGCGAUCAGUCCUGACAAGCGAAGGCCACCACUAUACACUUCUUCGAUCUAUCCAAAGUUUUAUCAUAACGACUGAGUGUCAAGAAUGCCACUUGAGUAUCAAGAGAUCUCAAUCUUAUUUCUUGUUAUACAG